AUGCCUUUUGGGUACAGGACUGUGGCGGCGAGCGACUCGCCAUGGGAUCGGGAGUAUGGGACUGCAACAGACAAGGCCUUCAUCCCACCGGGACGGUCAGCCUUGGACCCGGCCUUCCCCCCUAUGGACCCACGGACACUUCAUCCCCUGAGCGCAGACCAUCAGAAUGUCUUGGACAUUCAUCAUCCGAGCCCUAUGGACAAGCCUUCGCCACCUGAACUGGACGCGUUGUUCUACUCGGAAAGUUCUCAGAUGAUGGACUUCCAUGGCCUGCGAACCUUUGAGGCCGCAGCACUUCAUAAUCCCGCCUGGAGCCAGAAUCGACUGGAAGAGGUCAGCGUGUCUGUCAAAGAGAGCAGCUGGCUGAACGUUUUCAAAAAGAUACGGUGGUGUUCAUUCGAGAGACCCAUUAUAGAAACCUCGCCAGGAUUGGCUGCAGCUGGAUUUGGCAUGGCCGACGAUUGGAGCGUGGACAAUCCGGCCGUCUGGGGUCCGUUGUCCACGUCAAUAGAGUUGGCCAACCGCAUCAUUCUGCAGUCCUUCAAGACACCAUGGAUGCAGGCGCUCUUAACGCCAGAGAAUUGGGUCACAGAGUUGCGUGACGUUCAAGACGCCCGCCGACAGUUCCCAGUAAUACCGAACGCUCCAGUGCCCGUGUUCUUCCCAGAUCCAAACCGGCCGGACAAGACAGAAGAGCAGUGCAAGCAAUAUGUUCAGGGUCUUUUUGCGACACAAAAGCCACUGUGGCAUUUGCAUGCUGACACGGAUGACCGUAGCAGGGUCUGGAUGGGAUUUGCAAGUACCAACACCAGACCAGACCUUAUUUCAGAUUCGGGAUACGGUUACCAUGUCAAUCAUCUUGCUGCCUUCGUCGAUGUAGACCCCUUACGAACCAUGUUGAACCCCAACGCUACGUCGCAUUCUCGCUACAUCGCGAGAGCCAUGUUGGCUAUUACAAUAAGCCAUGAACUCAUGUACUUCAAUGGAGAACGUAUGGCCGAGUUGGGCCACUCCUUUAUUCAAAAUUUCUUCGGAAAUGCUGUUGAAAAUGUGCCACUGAGACUAGGAAAAUACAUGGCAUUGCGCGGACCCAUGGCCGGCUCUGGACCCUUCUUCAACGCUUACUCGACCUUUUUCCCCGAAUCUCAUAUCUCCAUGAACGGCUACACUGCCUUUGUACACGUCGUUCCCGAUCUGCCGGCAGACCCUCUGGCAUACAGGAAAGAUACAAGGUGGGAUGUUGCUGCCGCGAACUUGAUGACAGCCAACUUCCAGAACGACAUGCAGACGGCACGCGCCGAUCUCAGCCUGGUGCGGCACGCCGUAGCGACGUGGCGACCAUGGCAUCACCGAGCUCAUGCGCAGUGGGCUGCAACCGUAUACAGUCACGAGCAAUUUCGGGGCCAGCUACACGAGAUGGUGGAUUGUUUCCGAUCCCCCAUUGCAGGCAUCGCCGGGCCACUGAAGGAACACAAGGCUGCGAGUUUCGUGGCCAGGGUGACGUCCCCAUGGUUUAGAGAAUACGUCGCCAGCUGGCAGGCAUAUCCGCAACCUCACUGGCUGGGGUAUUUCCCAGACUUUGAGACCAUGCACCAUUGUAAAAGGGCCAAGGCCUUCUUCUAUCAAUCCAUGGCCUUACUCGUCGAUGCAGCUCUCGCUCCCAGGGAUCAAGAGAUCAAGUUCCAGGAUCCGCCGCUACCUCCAGCGCCUCCCAGAACCUGGCGACGAAGCGGGAACAAGCCCAAUCCGGUUGGCUACGACCCGAUCGCAUAUCACGAACAGCCCGCUCCAGAGCAGUACACCAUCGAACCCAGACACCAGCCAUACAAUCAAUUUACAUCAGAGAUCCGAGUCCGCGCAAGAAACGUUGAACUAGCGUACCGGUGCUACUGUAUGUACAGGUGGUUCGUCCUGACGACUCAGCCUCUCGACACCGCGUUCUUUGCGCAGUUGAACUCACACAGAGCUCAGCUGGUCGCUCUUCAACAGCAUCAAAUCACGCAUCCGCAUGCUCCCCAGCCUUUGAUCCCCUUCACGUUCCAGUUACCGCCGUACACCGAGACGGCGCAGUUUCGCGCUGAAAACUUCAACGUCUUGGCGAUGACGAAGAUGCUGGAGCUCAACCCAUUGCGAGCUGUGCAACAUCUAUUCCAGCCUGGCCAGGACAUUUUUCAGGAGUGGCUUCAAUUGCCUCAAGAUACAGUAAUGCAUCCUUUCCAGGCACAGCUGGCGCGGACUGUGGAAACCCGCGGUUGCGAAUACUUGACGCUGGGCAGGCUAUACGACCUGCGUGUUCGAAAGGAUAAUGUCCUCGUGCUGGUUCUCUUUGACUCGGAGAUCGAAAUUUUCGAGCUGGAAGAUGUCAUGCAAGUACUGAAGAUGACGGCUGAAGAGGUGCGCGAUGAGAUGGAGCCAUCCGCCUACGGACACGUUCUCAAAAAGAAUGUCAGUGACGAGUUCUACGACACAGAACAUGACAUCCUGCCAUUAGGACGGGUAGCUCAAUGGCUACGCGAGGAGGAUGUUGCCAUUCGCAAUGGCAAGGAGGGUCGCCCGCACUGGAUCACGGCGGCGGGGGGUGUCUAUGAUUUGACAGACUUGGAAGAACCGGCUUCAGAAAGCCAGUCGAAACUGGUGGAGACACUGCUGAGCGCCCCUGGGAGCAACCCGAUGCCACGUGUCUUCCUGGGGGAUCACAACUUCGACGAUGCACUGGCACUGAUAGAGCCUCUCAAGAUCGGAAUGACCCUUCCGUUCGGGUUGGCUGAUGAAUCUGGCUCGAAAAAUGUACUUACAAAUCAUGAAAUUGGAUGGAAUCAGUUUCCUCAGACACGACAGUACAUCCAGAUCCAUGAACAUGCCUACGACAUCACUGGUAUGCUCUAUUACACCUUCAGUUCGACCCGCGUAAUCCGUGCUGAUGAAAACUUGACAGACUAUGCCGAAUGGCAUCCUGGAGGCUCAGAAAUUUUGGCCCGUGCUGCCGGAACCGAUGCUACGAACCUUUUCGAGGAGUACCAUUCUGAGAACGGAGAAGACCUCUUGGAAGCCAUCCAAGGCCUGCGGAUAGGGCGUAUUGUACCAUCCCGUACUCGUUACGAAAAACUCUCUACAACCGAAAUUCGUAUCCAGGACACGAUCUUCGAUAUUGCGCCCCUUCGGGAGACAGAAGCGGAGCUAUUUGUUGCUCUCAAACACUACUGUGGCAAAGAUGUUUCGAAGAAAGUCCUCGCGAUAAAGCCCAGCACCGAGCCCUCAAAGACACACCCGUUGUUGCUAAUGUCGAACAGCAAGCCUGAGCUAAUCGUCACGAAAAUAACGCGCGGCAUGGAAGACCUGCCACUAAUGAGCGAAGCUGAAUUGGUGAUGCAUGACGGCGGUCUAUAUCACGGUCAUGAUGGGUAUGCAGCGUCAUAUGUGGCUUACGACGGCGCUGUGUUUGAUGUUACAACACUGAUGCAAUACGGUCCACGUCCUUUUACCGAUGUUCUAGGCAAGUUCCUCGGCAACCUUAUCCUAUCAGGUGCACGAGAAAUUCGACUUGGGCAACUGUUGCAACAACGAUUUCCGUUUCGAAUUGUCGCCAGGCUCGCCAAGUUUGACGAGCCCCUUGAAUCACUGGCUUCAGAAGUAGUCCGGUGGCAAGAGCAGCGAGACUGGCCAGCGACGUACAACGAGCUGAAAAACUACCUAUUGCGCGAGGAUGAGACGCAACAAGUCUCCUCACCAGCGGACAAGAAACGCAAAGAGAUGUCUCAACAGAUGAAGAGCCCGUAUAAUGCUCCAGAACAUAACAUAGUCCAGGAAAAUCCGAAGCCGGAACAAGAAAAGCGCUUACCGGAAGAGCCAUCGAGUAUUUCAUCAGGGAGGGCCAUGAACCUACAGAAGCUUGCACCAGUGGCUUUGAAAAAGUUGCAAAAGCAACUAAUGACAAUUCGUGGAUCACGGGCGAAGACGAAACGAGUGCAGGAAGAGGCCGUCCGAUCGGGAUCGCGACGGAAGAAACGCCCCUUUGAGUCAGAGUCUUGGGUGAGGCAUGAGCCUGUGAAGCGCGUCAGAGUAGCCUAG